CCGGUACAGAACAUGUUCCUCCUACUAAUUUUGAGCCUGGGACUGAAGCUUCAACAGACAGAAGCUUUGUUCACAGUGACCGUCCCAAAGGAAAUGUACAUGGUAGACUACAGCAGCAAUGUGACCUUGGAGUGUGAUUUUGACACUGGAGGUCCUGUGGAACUCGGAAUUUUAAAAGCCAGUUUGCAAAAAGUGGAAAAUGAUACAGUCUUGCUCAGUGAAAGAGCCACUUUGCUGGAGGAGCAGCUGCCCCUGGGGAAGGCCUUGUUCCUCAUCCCCCGAAUCCAGCUGAAGGAUGCAGGGCAGUACCGCUGCCUGAUCAUCUAUGGGAUUGCCUGGGACUACAAGUACCUGACACUGAAAGUCAAAGCUUCCUACAAGAAAAUAAACACUCGCUACCUCAAGGUCUCAGGGACAGAUGAGGUAGAGCUCACCUGCCAAGCUGAAGGCUAUCCCUUGGCAGAAGUGUCUUGGCCAAACAUCAGUAUUCCUGCCAACACCAGCCACACCAAGACCUCUGAAGGCCUCUACCAGGUUACCAGUGUUCUGCGCCUAAAGCCACACCCCGGCAGGAAUUUCAGCUGUGUGUUCUGGAAUGCCAAUGUGAAGGAACUCACUUCAGCCACCAUUGUCCAAGGUCCUAUGGAAGACCCCAAGAUCCCUCCAUCUUCACUGCUUCAUGUUUUCAUUCCCUCCUUCAUCAUUGCUGUCAUGUUCAUAGCCACAAUGGUAGCCCUAAGAAAACGACUCUGCCAGAAGUUGUAUUCUGGAGAAGAUGCAACAAAAAGAUCUGCCACCAUGGUAAGGAGAGAAGUGGACAGAGCUGUGAGUAAUCAUGAUUUUUCUUUUCUGUUUCACCUUCUUUUCUCUCCCAGAUUAAAUUAA